CUCACACGGAUUAGCUCAACAACUUGGAGAUCUCGAUAGAAAAUGCCGAGCGCCCUUCUUAUUAAUCGUAUUAAGGACGACACGUCAAUGCGGCAACGACCAACUUGCUAUGUCGACUACUUCUCCCACGAUUGGCAUUACGAGGCCAUUCAGCGAUCCUGGAGCUAUAUCGUGGCAAAUACAAAAGAAUUCGAUAUGCAGCUCGAUUAGAAAAUGCGUCUUUAAGAAUAUGGAUGAAACUACUAAACGAUCUGAAAACCAUACCGCCUGAGGCCCUGAAUUGGUUGAAAGAAUGUGAUGAUACGUGGCUUUAUGGGCCUUUACAGCCAAUUGAUGGUGCUUCAGAAUCAUGGGAUAAUAUUACCUCAGAUUCGUCUGGUAAAAGGCCUAGCCUGAAAAAGAGGAGCACACUAGAGACCAUGUUUCAGGAAUAUUACUACUCCACGUCAGGAAGCUGGGUAAUCAGGGGUAACGGAGAGACACAAACAGCUACGAAUAGACGAGCCGCAGGUAGACUGUUCCGUCUCUUGCCAUCUUCAAUUUUGAGACUUCUAUCCGUUAGUGGGGAAGAUAAAUAUGUCCGUUUUAGUGAAGAAGUCACAAUAUAUUCAUAUAUCUAGACAUUAAGAAAAAU